AUGCGUUUACUCAUCUUGCUGGCGCUUUGCGCGAAUUUUCUACGAGCAGAGGAGAAUUGGAGGGUGCUGAGACCAUGUUUCGAGCGUUACUUGCAAACGAAGCUGGCGAAUCUCGAGCCGUUUCACUCGGAGGGACGAAUGCCCACAGAGGAUCACUGCUUGCGGUUUUGCGCCGAAACAGCUUCCCGUUGUCGAUCGAUCGUUUAUGAACCAUUGCGACAUGUGUGCCAUUUCUUCCUCGAUGAGGGCUCAGAGAUGGCUGUACCAGCGCAACAUAUGUCGUACUUUCGAGUGACCACACAAGAGUGCCUAGACCACGUGGCCGUUGUGUUAGGGCCGAUGGACAUCGAGGGGGCACCGGUCGAGUACUCACCGUUGGAUGACGCAGAUUUGAUGAACGGGAAGAGUACUGUAACGGAAAGUGCUGUAACUAGAAAGAGUACGGUAGAAAAGACAAGUGGGGCAACGAGGAUGGAGAAAAUUGAGGAGACAAUUGAAACGACAACCGACAACCGAGAACCCGUUGAUCAGGAACCGGAAUACGAGGAGGAGACUGAAGAGAUCACUGAGCCGGCACCGACAACGACAACGGAGAGAAAUGAAGAGAUGACAACGUUGAGGGAUGAGGUCAAUGAUGGGAAUGAGAUGUCGAAAGAGUUCUCGAAAAUGUCGGAGAUGAUCGACGUGGUUUCGCGGGAAAGCGAUGAGAAAUCGAUGGAUACGGCAGAAGUUGAGCAAGAGUUGCGCAAGAAAAUGCACCAAUUGCGCGAGCUUUUCCCGGAGAGAUUCGAUCAGCUCGUCGGGAAGAAAAGAGGCGAUGAUGAGGAAGACGAAGAGAUAUUAGAGGAGGAACUUCACCCGGCCGAAAUGCCGACAACGACGACUACUAAGCCAACGACGACUACUAAGAUAAAAGCAAUUGUUCUCGACUCGGAAGAUGUUGUGGAUGAGUCGGAAGUGGGAAAUCUGGAUGAAGAGGCGCUCUGGCAAGGCGCCAAUCCACAGCACUUGCCCACCCAUCGCCGCUCUCGUUUCUUCAAUCAGGCUAAAGUGCUGCAGAUAUCGAAAGAUCGGUUGGAGCCCGGUUUUGGGAAAAUAAAGAAGAGAAAAUUCAAAGUGACCGAGGGUGAGCUCCCGGGAGAGAUCAUCAAUUAUGAGGGACUGCGGAGAAGUCCGAGCAGGAAAAUGGAAAGGGCACAGAGCUCUGAAACAAAGCCUUUCGUUGACAAGGCGCAGAGUUUCCUUGACGAGAUCGCCGCGGAUCAACAGGGAUUCGAGCUUCAGAGAGAAUCCGAUGAUGAAGAAAAUGAGGAUAUUGAACGAAUCGCGAAACCAAAACAAUCGUUCGAUGUGGCCGAGAGUGAUGGCGGAGACAAAAUUGUGGCCGCUUUUGAGAAAACUGUCGUGAAAAAGAGUCGAGCCUGCCCUUCAAACGAGGCCCCGUUGUGGAUGAUUUGGGAGGGUGGAGAGCAACAAAACGACGAUGAGUCAAUGGGAGAGAUCAUCCGUUUCCCAACGCGAAGACACUGCGAGAAUUCGUGCAAUCAACUGGACGAUUGCCUUGGGUACACGUAUCACGAGAAAAGCGGUGAAUGCGCGGCGAAUGAGGGUUUCGACGGGGUGACGGUGAAGGCAAGCCACUCGAGUGACGCGUCGACGAGCACCAAAUUUUGCUUUACCGAUGCGCUUCCUGUUUUCAAUCAAUGCCCACCGAUGCGUGGUUUCAUCGGAUUUUCACUGGAAGUGAAACCACGAGAAGAAUUUACAUCACUUCCGAAAGGGUAUCAUGGAUUGCGAAUGUGCAUUGAGUUAUGCGUUCUGUCUACAGAAUACUCGUGUCGGUCAGCAUCUUUCAUCUCUGAUGAGGGUCGUUGUUUGUUGAAUGGAGAAAACUCCGAGACCACACCGGAGGCUUUUCAAAGGACAUUCAUUCAAGAACAUUUGUAUUUUGAGAACGAAUGCAGUCGAGUCACGCACAUCACACAAAAUGAAGCUGAACACCAAACAGUCGUUCGCGUGUCGAAGGGACAUCCGGAAUCGAGUGAAAAGAAAACGAUGAUCAAACAAAAAACAGAAUCACCGAUUAAACCGAUGAAAAAGCUGCGACUUGUCAAGAUCAAACCGAAACGAUUAUCGCCUGAGCCAGCGAUCGAUGCUCGUCAAUCGAUGGAUUUGAUCAAGUACACGGGCGCCUUCUUCAGACGAUUCUUCCGGUUU